AAAUCGACCAGGAGAAACUACAGAUACAGAAUAUUUUACCAAGUUGUAUCAAGAAUAUGAUUCUAGAAUUAUGAAAAUAUAUCCUGAACAUAUCAAGUUCGAGAAUGAUUGCUCUAACAAAGAGGAUCAUAAACCAGCUGAUUGCUGUUUCAGAGAGUAUAAUUCAAUGUUUGAAAAACUUAUUUCAUAG